UCGGCGGCGGCGGCUCUCGUUUCCACCAACAUUUACCGCCCUCCAACCAUCAACACCUCAGCCACCAUCACCCGCCAAAGGAUCCACAACAGCAGCAUCACUACCAGCUGGCUCCGCAGCAUCUUUCCGGAGAAAACACCGCGGAGUCUCCGGGCAGGAAAGCCGCCUCCUCCUCGUCUCUCAGCCAGGUACACGCCGCCGAGGACCCCGCCGCUUCCUCCGCCGCCGCAGCCGCUGGNNGGUAGCAGCAGUAGCGGCAGCGGCAGCGGUAGCGGCAGUCAUGUAUACGCGGCGGUGAACGUCGCCAACGCCUCCGACGCUGUGGAUGAUAUUCGCAAAUGUGGCUAUUUGAGGAAGCAGAAACACGGACACAAGAGGUUUUUCGUGCUCCGGGCUGCCAGCCACCUCGGGCCGAGCCGCCUGGAGUACUACGACAGCGAGAAGAAAUUCAGGAACAGCCUCCGCUCCGCUGCCGCGGCCGCCGCCAGCGGCGGAGCGGUCGCCCCUUCUCCCCCGAAAAGGGUUAUUUACCUCUACCAGUGCUUCACGGUAAACAAAAGGGCGGAUUCCAAAAACAAACACCUCAUUGCCCUUUAUACUAAGGACGAGUACUUUGCCAUUGUGGCGGAAAACGAGCAGGAGCAAGAGGACUGGUACAUAGCUGUCAGUGAGUUGAUGAGUGAGGGCAAAAAAGGGCAUUUGGAUUCAGAUGAUUUAGAUGAUGGAUACGGUACGGUCACCCCCGGCACUGUGUUCAAAGAGGUGUGGCAGGUGAAUGUGAAACCUAAAGGACUGGGUCAAACUAAAAACCUCACAGGUGUUUACCGGCUUUGCCUCUCGACUAAAACCAUUCACCUCGUUAAGUUGAACUCUGAAACCCCCUGUGUUAACCUUCAGCUGAUGAACAUCAGACGCUGCGGGCAUUCGGAAAGCUUCUUUUUCAUCGAGGUGGGUCGCUCCUCCUCCAUCGGGCCCGGGGAGAUUUGGAUGCAGGUGGACGAUUCCGUCGUGGCCCAAAACAUGCACGAGACCAUCUUGGAGACGAUGAAGGCGCUGAAAGCUUUCGCAGAGUUUCGGCCCCGGAGUAAGAGCCAGUCGUCGGGCUCCAACCCGAUGCCGUUCAUCACGACGCGGCGCCACCUGGGCAACUUGCCGCCGAGCCAGACGGGGCUGCAGCGGCGGUCGAGGACGGAGUCAGUCGUGGGCACGCCGCCGUCAAGUAAGAGCUCUGGGGCGAGUGGUUAUCGCUUUCGAACAUCCAGCGAGGGCGAGGGGACGAUGAACCGGCCUUUCCGCUCCGCCACAGGAAGUCUGGUUCACCUGAACUCCGCGCGCGCCCACCACG